GGGAAAUCUAAUAAUAAAAAAAGAAGGUAAUCUUAAUAAUGUGUAGAAAAGUCGUCGGCAAGAACGCGUUCAUUUCAAAACACGCGGGGCGGAAAAGCUAAACUCACACUUAGGUCACAUUUUCGGCGUGUUAAAAGAAAAUUUGUUUUUGGUGCUUGCUGUAAUAAAGCAAAAGGAAACUACAACAUGCAUGGGAAAGAUAUUCUUCAAAAAAUGAAGGCUGGGCUAUUUUCAUCUGGGGCUGACACAGGGAAAGGGAAGAGCAAAAUGUCAAAGCAUACGACGCAAGGUUUUCAUUGCCUGAAGGGAAAAUCAAAUCAUGACAUGGAAGAUUAUGUUGUUUCUGAGUUCAAGAAAAAAGACGAUAGUGAGUUAGGUUUAUUUGCAAUCUUUGAUGGACAUUUGGGCCAUGAUGUUGCAAAGUACUUGCAGAGUCAUCUGUUUGAUAACAUCUUGAAACAGCAUGAUUUUUGGACCAACAUGGAGGAUGCAAUAAGAAGAGCUUAUCGCUCCACUGAUGCUGAAAUACUGGAUAAAGCAAAGGUUCUAGGCAGAGGAGGCUCAACGGCCGUGACGGCCAUACUUAUCAACAGUCAGAAACUGGUAGUGGGGAAUGUAGGAGAUUCUCGGGCAGUUAUGUGCAAGAACGGUGUGGCAGAACAACUAUCCGUUGAUCACGAACCAAGCACAGAGAAGAGAUUGAUUGAGAGCCGCGGUGGCUUUGUAUCAAACCUUCCAGGGGAUGUUCCACGGGUUGACGGGCAGCUGGCUAUAGCAAGGGCGUUUGGCGAUAAGAGUUUAAAGUUACACCUUAGCUCCGACCCCGACGUGAAAGUGGUGACUAUUGAUGAUGACACAGAGUUCCUUAUUCUGGCCAGUGAUGGGAUAUGGAAGGUUAUGUCAAACCAAGAAGCAGUGGACGCCAUAAAAAACAUCAAGGAUGCUCAAUCAGCAGCAAAGCACUUGAUUGAGGCAGCAGUUUCUAAGAAGAGCAAAGAUGACAUAUCUUGCAUCGUUGUAAGGUUCCGGUGAUAUAUUUCUUCCGAUGAGUACCGAAUUAAUGAGAAAAUGAAUAGCUAAAUAUGUGUAUACCAUGCCACGUUUUUUAUCCUCUUUAUAGCUAUAGUGAUUGUUGCAGGCUACCAUAAAACUGUUUGUAUGUAAAAAGUUGACCCAGCUUUAUAAAAAUGACUACUUGAAUUGUCUGUAA